AAGUCAUAUUCCACACGAGAAGUACAUGAUUGUGGAAAAGAAAUCUUACUCUUCCAAGGCUUGGAUUCUUGAAGUUCUUUUUUUGGCUCUACGGAUGGAUUUGAAAGGUUUAUAGAUAAGAACUUAUUGAAAGCCCUGGUCAUAUAUAAGGACUAUGUAGUAUUCACACAGGAAUAUAAUAUAAGAAAAGAAUAGGCAUAUUUAAAGACUCUUUCAACAAUGUCAUCAGGGAUUUCACUUGAAGACCUUCAUUUGUUCCACAAAAUUGAUAGAGAUGUCUUCACUCGAUUGGUCGUGUACUUAUCUCGCAAUCCAGCUGAGUCACUUUUGGUUCUGGCUAUGUGGCUAUGGUUUGAAGGACAUUUUCCAAGCAUAAUAGACAAAAUGGUGAAGUUACCAAAUGAUCUUGUCAAUAAGUUGGCUAAGGAAGGUGCUACUUGUUUAAAAUGGCUUGAAUCGAAGGUUCCUCCUGUUCCUAAUGAGGCAGGGGACAUGCCUCUUACUUCUAUAAUAAUGAAAAGAACAGUUUCAUUCAACUUUUUUUACCAACAGCGGUUUACAAUGAUAAGUGGAAUCAAGACUCUCUUGAACAAGGUUUGUGUAAUUAUAUUUGCUGACAUUUUACAUCGAAUCAUUCCAGGACAAUCAAGAAUCCAUCUGAAUUCUCCUAUCCCUAUUCCUGGAUUUCCUCAUCCAACAUUCGGAGCUAUAACAGUUGUUCCAAGAUCUUUAGAUUCAAUAAUUCCUAGCAGAGGAUUAUGGGGCUGGUCACUAAAAAAUGAUGCACCAGUGGAUGAUAGAACUAUGUUUUUAACAUUUUCAAGGGGAUUUCCUGUUACUGAAGCAGAAGUGAAGGAACUAUUCAAUUCUUACUAUGGGAUUGAUUGUGUUGAGCAAGUUCAUAUGGUGCCAUCAGGUUCUUUAUCAGAUCAUCCUCUGUAUGCUAAAAUGGUAGUGCGUGAUGUUUCUACCAUUGAUCAGAUCUUAUGCAACGGUUCCAUUGCUAAGUUUAAGACUAACGGCAAACAUGUUUGGGCACGGAAGUAUGAACGUAGAGAGCACCUUGAUAAAUUUUAGUAGUUACUACUAGGCAUUUGAUGCAAAACUACAGGUUAAAUUUCACCUAAUGAGCAACUCCACACAUGUGAUGAGCGCUAAAAAUAUAUAACUUUCUACUCGUCAUUAAACUUUUACUGCUAGAA